GAGAGCCAUUUUUAUUUUGGAUAGUGGGAAAGUAGUUAGGUCAAGCUUCGUGGAAAAAAAUCGUUGAUAUAAAUCUCUCUCUAUAUAUACUCGUAACAGAAACAGACUUUAGGGCUUUGGAGAGAGAGAGAGGGGUUUAUCAGGGAUGGGAGGGAGUUUUUCAGACGUGAAAGGUGGCAAGCAGGCCGUUGAGCUCUUUAACCGCUACCGUGGGGUUUAUCCUCUCUACACUCCGCUCGAGUGUUUUGAUGGAGUGAGGACAGUUGAUCAGUUCAAAGCACUGGAAAGAUAUCUGAAAGCUGACAAUAAUGCCAAUCGCUACUGUGGUAUUUGUGGAGGUACUCUCUUGCAAUGUGCCGUCCGAAACAGGCAAGUGGAUGUUGUUCGUCUACUUCUUUCUACUGGAGCCGAUAUCUUCAAGACUAAUGAUGGACAUCUUCCUCUCGACAUUGCUAAGGAAGAAGGGUACCACACAAUUGUCCGUUUAUUUGAGGAUCAUCUCUUUGCUGAAAAUGAAAACUGGCGGUUGGUUAUGGCGAAUAGAGCUUCGCUGGACCUUGCAUAUUUGCCCAGCAGUUCGUUUUCUUCCAAGCCAAGUCAUGCUGCAGAUUCACAUCUACUGCCAUCCGCUCCACCACUACCACCACAGCUAGUGGUGUUGGAGGAAGUAUCAAACUUUCAUGCGGCAUCUUCCAGAUUGAGCAGAAGCUCUAGCUAUAUUCCAGAAUGGUCAGAUUACUGGGGCAGACCAACUCCAGAUGCACCUAACAGUUUUACUUCUUCUGUGCCAAGUCAUGGUGAAGGUUCACAGCCACUACCAUCUCCACCACUAACUGUUCCACCACUAGCAGCACUUCCUGAAGAAGAAAACACCAAUGAUGAGGAAGAAGAGCGUCAAGUGGCUAUGGCGAUUAAGGUCUCUUUGGAGCCUGAUUUGAAAGAAGGAAUCAUCCCACAAUGGUCAUUUUGGCUGGAUGAACCAAUUGGAGAGGCAUCUAGCAGUUCUACACCUUUGCAACGAGGUCAAGCUACAGGUUCACAGUCACUGUCAUCUGCUCAACAAAUUCCAAAUGAUUCCAGUAGCAGUCGAGAAUGCGAGUACUGUUAUGAUGCUCCGAUCAAAGCAGCUUGUGAUCCCUGUGGGCAUGUUGCUUGCUUCAACUGCUGGCUAAAGAUUCAGGACUCUGCAAACAAGUGCCCUCAUUGUCGAGUAGAGAUCAAGAAGAUUAUCAAGCUUUAUAUGUAACUAUGGCAUUGAAGCUUUAGUGAUUUGAGUUCUGCUAUGUUUUGUCCGCUGUUAAAAUCUGUUUCGUUUCUUAUCCUAGCAUACUGUAGUUAGUAAUAUCUGUUAGACAUCACAGUUGAGUCACACUAACUCAUUACUGUUACUUGCCGCUUGAAAUUUAUUCCAUGUAAAAAAAUUCCUCUA